CUCAGGACUGUCAGCAGCUGAGAGGCCAGUCCACACCCCAGACAGGGAUGACUCUUGGGAGGCCAGAGCCUUCAUAGUGUUAGACACAGGUGGGCUCUUGGCUUGUCACAGUGUCUACUCCUAGGGAGAAAAAUCAGUGGGGGUGGGAGUAGAAGGAUAAGGCAGUAGGUGGGCCCAUGCUAGAGCUCACAGCCUACAAAGCACCCCAUGAACCUGCAGAACAGCAGGGACCUAGGAGUUCCCACACCUUCUGAUGGGGUGUUGCCACCUCCUUGUCUGGCAGGCCUUCAAGGAGGGGACUUCAGGCUGGAGGAGGAGCAGGUUCAUUUCUGGGCCCAGUGGAGAAAGGUGUGGCUGAGCUGUCUGGGUGUGGGGAAGCCUUGGGUGGGGCAGCUGGAGAAGGGUGAAGAGGAAUCAAGGACCACACCCUCGAGAGGCAGAUGAAACCCAGAGGUUCCUGGGGUCUUCAUGGCUGAGAAGAACUCUUCUGUGGCUCCCCAGCCCCCACUCCCAGCAGUGUGUGCAGUGUCCCUCCCUCCUCUGACCAUCCAUAGGCUGGGCUUGGGGACCACUGUGGCAGCACCUUACUCAGGCAGAGCUCAGCCCCACAGCAGCAAGGUGGCUUGGAUGAGCCUGGGUGGGGAGUGAACUCCUUGAACCCCCCCCCCCUUUUACCCCACACUGUACAGGGAACUGAGGGGAGGCGCAAGAAGCUCCAAAUGAAGCCCCUUUCCCAGCCCCUCCCCCACAGCAUGGCUGAGGCCAGGCACGGGUUUCCCAGGAAACGGGAAGAAGGAAAGAAAAGUGUUGAGGCCAGACUGGCUGGACUGAUAGCUAGAGCGGGCUGAACAGUGCCUGAGGGAAGCCCAGGUGCUGGACGUGGGUGGAAGUGGUGCUGGACUCCUCCAGCCCCCCAGGCUCACUCUAGGCUGCCCAGGCUGAGGCCAGCAGCAGAGAACCCUGGAAGGUAAGUCCUCGCCCAGCCUGUACCCAGGGCGCGGGGUACAAGAAGGCCUUUGGCUCCCAGGCCCUGAUCUGGAUCCUUCUGCCCCAACAGGGCUAUCCUUGGUGUCCUGGUCCCCCUCCCCCUCUUGGAGUCCAUCAUGGGAAACUGGGCCUCGAGGCUAGGCUGCCUGGGGGAAAGGAGAAGCCGCUUGAAGGCUGGCCCCAAGGCCCAAGAGGGCCCCACCCCAUCUGCAGACCUCCAAGGCCUGCACCCACCAGGAGUCUCCUGGGCCUGGUGGGGUACCCAUGCCAUCCAGGUGACAGAAGUGACAGAGACGGUGGUGACAGAGACUGUGGUGACAGAGGCUGUGGAGGUGGGGCCUGGUCAGCAAGGAAGGCAGCCAACCCAGGCACCCCCUGAGCUCCUGAAUACACUGCAAAGCUGGCUGGAUGGUAUGGAGGAGCUGCAAGCCUCCCAGGGACCUCUGGCUGCUGAUGCCACAGUGGCUGCUGCCCAGUUGCAGGAGCAGGAGCUGCUCCAGUGCCUGCUGGAGGAGCGGGCACCACAGAUAGAGCCAAGGCUGCGGGAAGCGGGGAGCCCGGCAAAGCUGUGCGCACAGUGGCACCGCUUGGUGCAGUGGGCAGAGACCAGGUUGGGGGUGCUGCAGCAGCUUGUCCCAGCAGCACAGAACUUUGAUGCAGCCCAUGAGACCCUCCUGGCACGGCUGGGCCCGGGUGAGCGGCUCCUGGCUGAGCUGGGACAGGGCCAGCUGGGACCUACAGGCCAGGAGAGGGUCAUGCAGUGCUUGCAGCGUGUGUGCAAGGGAGCUACAGCAUGUGCUGAGGACCUGGGGAGGGCACUGGAGACUGGUCAGAGGCUGGCAGAACUGCUUGCAGGUGAGUGGACAUCAGCCAGGUCACUCAGGUGGGCCAACCAAGCCUGCCAAGAUGGCUUCAACCUCCUCCAGCCCCUCAUACUUCCUGAUCCCCAGUCCAAGUUCCUCCAAUGCCUUUGUCCCUGCCUGGUCCUCAAGGGCCCCUCCAAUGCCCAUGUCUUGGUCCUGGCUUGUCUCCUGGCAUGUUUUGCAGAGGAUGAAGCUCGGAUUGUAAACCAGCAGUUAGAGGGACUCCAGGAAUGUGUGAAGCUGACUUUGUCUGGUGCUGUCCGAGUUUGGCAGAUGCUGCUAUGUGCCCAGAAGAUAGGGUCCUGUGAGCUCUUACCCCCAACAGGCCUAGAGGCUCAGCUUGAUCUGGAGGGGGUAGCCUCAGAGGGUCCAGGGCUCAAGGAUCAGGAGGAGCUGAGUGUCCAACUGGCCCAGCUGUCAGAGUGGCUUGAACAGCUGGCAUCGCAGGCAGAGGCCCCUGGCCAGGCAGUAGCACCCAUGGUGCCCAUCCAGGAGCAGUGCCUCCCACCAAGUACCCUGGGGGCUUCAAGGGUACAGCCAGGCCUGGAGUUCUCAUGGGGACAGCAGACCUUAGUGGUGUCUUGGCCGUGGAGGGGCCCAGAAUGGCAAGGAGGGAUCAACUUCGAGGGCACCUGCCACCUGAGUCUGCUGAUGAACCUGCCAGGCAGCCAGGCUGCCAUGUCCUGCCCUCCCAGGGAGAGGUCAGCUUAUCACUUGAUACUCCCCACCUAUUCCCCUGGUCCUCCAUACGGCCCACAUCUGCCAUGUCUCCUCUCCAGGCCUCUCAACCUGGAAGGGCCACUGCUGCUCAUAGGUCACCUCUUGGAGGAGCCGCUUACAUGCCCCCAUGGAUUGAGCCAGGCUGAGCCCCUCAGGACCAAGGUGGGGCCUAUGACCAGAAGCUCCCACCUGCACAGUGACUUUGUGGAACAGCCCAGGGUGGCACAUGCCCAGGGCUGGAGGCUGGAGGUGCUUCCUGCAGUCCUGGGGGCUGAUAGGUGGAAGCCCUGGACUGCAGUCCCAGUGCAAGUGCUAGCUCAGAGGGGCCCUGACCAGGCUGGCCUCCUAGGGGUGUCCCUAGAAGAGCUGAGCUGGAGGCUUCCACGGGCAGAGGCCACCAAGGGGAGCUGGAACCACAGGAAGUUGGAGACCAGGGAGAGGAGUUGGCAAGACAAAGAUCACCCUGAGCAGGAUCUCAUUGACAAUGUGUUGGCAUCUGAUGAGCAGGGAAAGGAUGGAUUGGGCUGCCUGGCUACCUCUGGGGGACAUGAGCCCACAUCCCAGGUCAUCACCAUGCUGGUGUCAGAGCUCCCUAACGGCCAGCAGCUACCGCCACAUAGCAUGGCCAGAGCAGGGGACACAGAUGGGAACAAGCACACAGGUUGCCAGAGAUGGGUCCACAGUCCAGGGAGCCUUGGUGAACAGGUGGCUCGGGGUGCCCUGAUGGUUCGUGUUGGAGGAGGCUGGGUGGCUCUGGAUGAAUUUCUAGUCAAGAAUGACCCAGGCCGAGCAAAGGGGAGGACCAGCCAUAAGAUCCACGAGAGGUUCCAGUGCUGUGCGGGGGCUCAGAAGAGCAGGAGGGCUCAGGAUAUCAUCACCCUGAGGCUCUGGGCCUCCAUCCCCAGUGCCUCCAGCAGACCCCUGCCUCGGAAGACAGGAAUGCUAACCUGCUCGGCAUACAGAGACCCCUGCCUUUCCAAGGUCAAGGCCACUGAGAGGCCCAAGGAGCAAAAGCCCGGAGGACACCAGGACCCAGGAGACACUGGACAGAAAGCAGUUUGUGGAAUCAUCCUUAGGGGGCUGAGCAGGUCCCAAAGGACAGGGAUGGAUGAGGAGUGGCUGGGAACAGCAAACCUCAGUGUGCUUGGCUUACGCCUCUCGGGCAAUAAAAGGCAAUAAAGUCGAGUGUGGGGA